AUGCCCUCCUUCUGGCAGAAACUGACCAGUCUCGGGCAGCGGAAGCGUGACGCUGAUUCUGCUACGCCUGUGGAGGCUAAGAACGGGAAGACGACGCGUUCCUCGGCCGGCAAAACCCAUGUCGAUUCUGCUCAGCCUCGUACAAAUAAGAGACGAAAGGGAAGGGAACCGUCUGUGGAUGCGCGAGCGGGGACGAGGGAGACAGCGAUUUCGCUCGGAAGCAGUGAGGGGGAGCAGGUACAAAAGAAGAGCAAGAGCAAGAAGUCGCAUAUGCAGGCGGUUGAAGCUGAAGACGAGCAGAUGGUGGAGCAGAAAUCGAAAGCGAAGUUAGUGAAGAACGGGAGGAAGCGUGCGCCUGUGGAAGAGGAUGUCGAGAUGGUCGACGCAGCUGAAGACUCUCCUAAAGAGAUUGGCACUGCCGGUCUCCUUCAGCUGUGCGAGGACGCAGAGCUACCGAUGGACGCUGUAGGCCCGGUACUGCUGGCUUGGCAGCUAGGAGCGGCAAGGAUGGGAGUCUUUGAGACGGAUGAGUUUAUGAAUGGCUUGGGAGUGCUCAGUGCCUACGCGCUAAAUGCUCAAUCGGCGCGGAAGAAACUGCACACAUUCCUGUUCGGCUUUGCUAAAGGAGACCAGCGCGUGGUAGAGAUCGAAACUGCCCUGGCACUGCUUAACAUCACCCUCGCGCGCACGUUUCCCCUCGCAAAGGAAAUUUGCACGUAUGUGCAGGAGAAAGCGGGACAGACGGGGUACAAGAGCUUGACGAAGGACCAUUGGGCUAUGCUAUGGGACUUUUGCACGACGGUGAAAGAGGACUUGGAGGGGUAUAAGGAGGAAGAUACGAGUUUGUCAUCUGGAAGAGGGGGCGAGCGACUUAAUCCCGGCCUGUGCUAUUGCUGGUUCUUGCAAGGACUUCAUUCAGACUCGACCCUGUAUGCUAUCCAAGACUGUGUAAUACCAUGUGCAACGUGUAAACUGGUACAUUGCUGGGCGGGUAUGCUUUUGAUGAUCGAGAAUGAAAAAGAGAAACACGAACGAACGAAGGCCUCGACUUCGGCGAGCGUCAUGGAGGGGUCUUCCUCUGUCGCGUCAGGGGCCAGGAAGAGCUCCGGGAAGUCUUCCUUCGCGAAGUCGGUCGUGUCACCUUCCGCGAAUAGUGGUACGCUUCCUAAUCGAGGUUCAAUAUGCGGGGCAACGAAUGUGGACGGCCCGACGGCCUGA